CUUGUCUCGAGUUAAAUAUCUCGAACAGACAUCAAGUAAAACUAAGAGUACCUACAGCUGAGCCGUGCUAAUUACAUUAGUGGUGCUUGAAAUGGCGUUGCUUCCGUAUUUUAACAAUGGAGCGCUUCUCCCCGUGGAACGAGAAAUGUUCGGAUCUGAUGUUUUCAAGCCAUUCCGCCAGCUAGUCACCAAAGAACUAUUCCAGCCGUGGGCCAGCCUGCAGCCGUUCGAAAACAUGUUCAAGCAGAUGGAGCAGCUGUCGUCUAUAAUGAAUAACAUGGCGUUGAGGGAGGCGUCCAAAAUCUCGUCAGACUCCGAGAAAUUCCAAGUGAACAUUGACGUCCAGCACUUUUCUCCGGAAGAGAUCUCGGUGAAAGUCGGCGAGGGUUUCGUGACGGUGGAGUGCAAGCACGAAGAGAGAAGGGACGAGCAUGGAUAUGUAUCUCGGCAGUUUGUGAGAAGGUACGCCCUGCCCCAGGGCUGUCUCCCAGACACGGUGCAGUCCCAGCUUUCCUCCGAUGGAGUCCUCGUCAUCACAGCUCCCAAAGUCCUGCCCAUGCCAUCGACCGGCGAACGUAUCGUUCCAAUAGUGCAAACUGGACCCAUCAAGAAGCAAAUUGAGUCGCAAUAAACAUGUGGACUGUUGUAUUUAGUUAAGACUGAUCUGUGUACCUCCUUGUAUAUUUCAUUUUAAGUUAAGUUAAUAAAUACUGUAUAUGUAAGAA